GCGGUGCUGCGUGCGCGCUCCAGAGCGGCUGUCGCGUGGUGCUGAUCUGUGAGGGAGCUGCAGGCCGAGAGGAGCAGCGCGCGCGGUCCGGAUCAAACUCACUGCACCGCAGGUCCAGGAUUCAAGGAGAAUCCGCCAUUGUGCGGCUCUGAGCUACGACCAGAGGAGACCAGAGGAGCAGUGCUGAGGGACACACAGCAGAGGAACGUUUUCAGGAUCCAUCUGGAGAGCACAUUCACGUCGGGUGAAAGGAGGAACGGAGACAUGGCCACUCAGGUGGAGACACUCCUGCACACCACCACCAACACCACCAGCCCGACCCUGCACCAGCAGGACCUCCAGCAGGACCUACAACCUCCCAUCACCCCGGAGACGAGCCCCAAGCAGGCCGGGAAGGAGAACACCCUGCAGGAGAACGAGAACUUGGUGGAGAAGAAGGAGUUCAAAGAGGCGCCUCCGCCCAAAGUCAACCCCUGGACCAAGAAGCUGAACUCGGUGACCGUGAACGGACAGAGCGCACCUGAGCAAACUGGACCAGCAAAGGUGGUGAGAGCGGGAAACCCCCGACCCAGGAGAGGAGGAAAGGUUGGAGAUUUCGGAGAUGCGACCAACUGGCCGACACCUGGAGAAAUUGCGACCAAGGAAGUGCAGGGCUGCAAGAAGACUUCAGUGAAAAAGGAGUCUAAAGAGAAAAGGGACAACGAGGAGACUAAAGAGAACCAGAAGACCAAAUCAGACGAUUCAGGAGAGGAGAAGAAUGGAGAGGAGGACUCUCACAAGAACAGUGCUCACAGGAAGAAAGCAGGAAAUAAACAUAAGUGGGUUCCUCUAAUGAUCGAGGUAAAGUCUGAGGGACCACGAGAGCGCUCAGCCUCCAGGAACAACGCACGCCAGGGAGAAACUCCCAGAAUGCACCACAACAACAGGAAUGACCUCAGAGACUGGCACAGUGGAAAAUAUGAGCGUGAUCAGUUCCGAGACGAUCAUGAUGAGGUUUCGAGUGUGAAGAGUGAGGGAGCCCCGUUCAGAGGAGGGUUUCGAGGACGAGGAAGAGGACGGGGACGUGGACGGGGACGUGGUCGGGGAGGAAGAGGUCAUUAUGACUAUCAAUAUGGCUACAAGUAUGAGGGGAAGGACGGCAUAUUCGACCCAAAAUACGCUCAGUCAGUGACUUACUACUAUGACAGCAUGAGCAGUGCUGAACUGUACAGUGUGGACCAGGACCUGCUCAAAGAAUACAUCAAGAGACAGAUUGAGUACUACUUCAGUGUGGGGAAUUUGGAACGAGAUUUUUUUCUCAGGAGGAAAAUGGAUGAAGAAGGUUUCCUGCCUGUAGCCCUGAUUGCUAGCUUCCACCGUGUUCAAGCACUCACCACUGACAUCCAACUCAUCACUGAGGCUCUAAAGGACAGUAAGGAGGUAGAGAUUAUUGAUCUGAAGAUCAGGUGUAAAGAGGAACCGGGGAAAUGGCCUCUUCCAGGAUUAGCGUUUCCUGAACACACACACACCGACUUUUCCCAACUCAUCAACUGUCCUGAGUUCAUCCCCCGCAAAUCAGGAGACACAGGAUCGUUCCGUGUUCUGUCUGCAACUGAGCAGAAGCAGGAUGAAGUGUGUAACCUGAAGACGAUGCCAAAGGGUUUAUCAGCGAGUCUCCCUGACCUCGACUCUGAGUGCUGGAUAGAAGUGAAGAAACGUCCGCGCCCCUCCCCCGCCAGACCCAAAAAGUCGGAGGAUCCUCGGAGUGUUCUUGCUGCAGGAGAUCAGGACGAGCCUGAGGAGCUGGACUUCUUGUUUGAUGAGGAGAUGGAGGCGAUGGACGGGAGAAGAAACACCUUCACCGAGUGGACAGAUGACGAGUCAGACGGAGAGAUCGAUGAUCACGACGUUAACAAGAUCCUGAUUGUGACUCAGACGCCGCCGUACCUGCGUAAACAUCCCGGGGGAGACCGCACGGGCAACCACGUGUCUCGCUCCAAACUCACUAACGAGCUCGUUAAGGUCAUCAACGACGGCCUGUUCUACUACGAGCAGGACCUGUGGCAAGACACGUACGAGCCAGAGUACGCCACCAUCAAGCAAGAAGUGGAGAACUUUAAGAAGGUUCACCUGAUCAGCCGGGAGCAGUUUGACUGUUUGACCCCUGAACCCCCAAUCGACCCCAACCAGGAAGUGCCACCCUGUCCGCCCCGCCCUCAACACAUUCCUACAGAUGACCUGGCGAAUAAACUGUUUGGAGCUCCGGAGCGUUCUGUGAUGGCGCGCUCUCUCCCCACCGCCGUGCCCGACUCUCCCGGAUACAGAGCACCACACACACCUCACACACCUCGCACACCACGCUGCAAACACAACACACACACACCUCGCUUCUACCCAGUCAUCAAGGAUGGCCGGCCUGUGGACGCCAAGACACCACGUAAACGGAAGACACGUCACAGCUCGAACCCACCAAUGGAGUGUCACGUGGGUUGGGUGAUGGACUCACGAGAACAUCGAUCAAGGACUGCAUCCAUGAGCUCUAACACAAGUCCAUCUGAAGGCACAGCAGCGUUGGGGAACAUCGGCUGCACUCCUCAAUCUCUUCCAAAAUUUCAGCAUCCAUCACACGAGCUGCUGAAGGAGAACGGCUUCACACAACACGUCUACCACAAAUACAGACGACGCUGUCUCAACGAGCGUAAGAGGUUAGGAAUUGGUCAGUCUCAGGAGAUGAACACACUCUUUCGUUUCUGGUCAUUCUUCCUGCGUGAUCACUUUAAUAAGAAGAUGUACGAGGAGUUCAGGCAGCUGGGAGUCGAGGAUGCAAAGGAGGGUUACAGGUACGGGUUGGAGUGUCUGUUCCGGUAUUACAGUUAUGGGCUGGAGAGAAAGUUCAGACCUGAAAUCUUCAAAGACUUCCAAGAAGAAACCAUUAAAGAUUAUGAAGCAGGUCAGCUGUAUGGUCUGGAGAAGUUCUGGGCUUUUCUCAAAUACUCUAAAGCUAAGAAUCUGGAGAUCGACUCCAAACUGCAGGAGCACCUGCGCAACUUCAGACGUCUGGAGGACUUCAGAGUUGAUCCUCCGAUGGAUGAAGGUCGUAAGCGUCACUCCUCCAGUGGUGAUGGACGGCGCCGUCACGUGUCUCAGUCGUCCUCUCGCCACACCCACACGUCUGACCACGCCCAGGAGCCGAAGUCAUGCCCCGCCCCUGCUGCUGUCCUCGGCCAGUGAUUGGCUGAAACCGACACGCCUUCCUCACUAUUACCUGCCCAUUACCCAUAAUCCUCUGGGGUCCAGCCGCUCCCGCACGCGUUCCUCACGGCCUGAGUGUCGGAGUGGAGGACGAAUCGAGCGCUUCCCUUCAGAUAUCAUUUCUUUUUUACAUUUUUACACCUGAGAAUCUGCUGAAGGGAAACUUCAUUUUUAUUCUCGUCAUUUCUUUAGUUUUAUUUGGACAUCAACCUCAGUGUGACCUUUAACCUUUCCAGCCCAAAUCCUGUAUGAUUGGCUGAGAUUGGUGGUGAUGAUUUUGUUUUGGGUUUGAACUUCCUGUUUUUGGGAUUCGGUUUGCUGUUAGAUGAAGAGGGAUGAAGACUGAAAGUUGAAGCAAAACUUCACCGUUUCUCAUCACUCCUUUUUUUUCCACAGUUGCCUUAUUUUACUCCGUUUUUCUGCUUAUUGUGUGCUGGAGACGUGAACCGCCCCGACGCCCGCCCAUGCCCCCUCCCCCAGCCCCACCCCACCGUGUCCUUGCCCGCGUCUCCCCGUCUUCCAUGAGCUCUGUUCUGGACCGAACACGGCCUCGGUGUCUGUGUUCACACUCAGCGUCUCUACUUCACUAUUACUUGAAGAACGAGAGAAGAGGAGCAGCUGAACAUUUGAUCAUGCUGCAGGUGCUCUAGGACUUUAACACACACACACACACACACACACACACACACACACACACACCAUGGAGGAAUGGGGGGAGGAGAGGAAAAAAACUUUAAUCACAAUUCCAGAGAUCAAUUCAGAGACACUGGAAGCCACGCCCCCUUUUGCCUGAUGGACAGGUGGAGAAAUGAACUGAGAGAUAACUCCGCCCCUCUAACCUGGACACCUCUCCUUUAUCCUGAAAGAAAAUGUGGCUUGGGGGCGGAGAUCAGAACACGCCCCUGUAUUCUCUAAUUGCAGAUUAUAUAUUCACCUUAUACGUGUACAAUAUUUUUAGUUUUAUUGUCCUGAUUAUUUUUUUAACACAUUUUAAUUUUGCUGUAUUGUAGCUACGCUAAAGUUUCAGUGCCGUGCGAGAGAAAUAGGAACAAGAUAUAAAGAGGAAAUAACCGCAACUCACACAAUAAACAUUAAUUAUAGACUUAAUUGGUUAACGAGCUCGUUAUUGAGCAACAUGCAUCUCUUGGAUGAAACGGAUGUUUUCUGUUAUAAAUUAGCUCGUUGUUGCGGAAUUGGUGAGUGAGGAAGAAGAGAAGUUUUAAACUCAAACUUUCAUUUUUUUCUUUUUAUUUGAACCCCAGUGGGAGACGACGUUUCUGUUUCGGGACGAUAAACCGUGAUCUGGAUAUUAACAGCAUUAUUCCAUAAAGACAUAAAUAUUCCAAAUAAACCGCUGUGUAAAGGUGUUUAAAUGUUCAAGUUCAUCACCAUUCUGCUCCUGGGCUCGUGAAAAUGAAGAGGAAAAAAAAAAAAAACGAACAAAAAACCUAAAUGUAAAAUACUUGAAUGAUUGUGUAUAAGUGAAUAUUCGCUCUGUAGGCUGCUGUGAUUGGCUUAGUGUCAUUUGUAAUUUGUAGUAAUUUUGCUUUUCCUUGAUGAAUAAAAAAAAAUAUAUAAAAUGGACAAAAA